AUGCCCAAACGGAAGCGAUCUAUUGAGGAUGAGCUGGAGGAGAGGCUCGCAAAAUGGAGGAAAGAUCUGUUUCGAGUACUGAAAGUCGCGAAGGGCUUCGAGCGACAGCGACUAGCAAAAAGAAUACGAGACGACAAGUCAACACCCGACAAGAUCUCCAGACUGGAAAGAGAGGUCGUAGUGUUGAAAUCCUUAGACCUCCAACAGACAGCAAAUACACACCUGUGCUCCGCACUGUUGCGAAUCAAGGCAGUGGCCGAGUCGCCCAAGCUUCCAGAAGACGUAAAGACUGGCGUCUCGAAACCCGAUAUUUCAGAAGAAGAACGUACUGCGCUGCAUAAUGUCACCAGCGCUCUCUAUAAUCGUAGUCAGGUAAAGGAGGUUCUCGACCAGGCUGUUGCAGACAUAUGCGCGAUACUACGAGUUCCGCCUCCCGACAAGAAGAGCAAGGGCAAGAAAGGCGAGAAGAAAACCUCUACGGACAGCCGACUAAAGGAAGACAAGGCUGUCGAGAAGAGUUUACCAAAGAAGCAGGUGGAGCGAGAAGGCUCCUGGUCAGGCGAGGAGGAGGACGAGUUCGAGGGCUUCGACGAUGAGAUUGAUGGAGCAGACAUAGAAGAUGGCGAGCAGUCUGACUCAGAUGCACAGGAAUUCUCCAAUGAGGAAGCAUCAGGGGAUAUAUCAAGCGGCAAAGAAGAGGAGGCAGUCGACCGUUGGGAGGCUAUGCUAGGUAGCGGCUCCUCAGACUCCGACGAAGAGGACGAUGCGGAGGACGAUGAUGAUAAAUCUGCCGCUUCAGACGAUGCCUCGGCUUCAGCGUCCCCGCCACGGAAAGUUGCACGCGCAAAGGCCAGCAAGAACACCAAGCCUACUGGUGCCGAUUCAUUAUUUCUGCCAUCACUGAUGGGUGGCUACAUUUCGGGUUCCGAGUCAGCGUCUGAUGUCGAUGUUGCACCGCCGGCCCGUAAAAACAGAAGAGGUCAGCGUGCGAGACAGGCCCUGAGCGAGUUGAAGUAUAAGGAUAAAGCCAAGCAUCUCGAAAAAGCUAAGAAGGGCAGAGAUGCUGGAUGGGAUAAUAAAAGAGGUGCUGUGGGUAGUGACAAUGGGCGACCUUGGAAAAACGGCAUACACAAUCCUCUUGACAGAGCCGCCAAUAACGGAGGCGAUGCAGCAUUUGACAGACCCAAGCGAACGGCGCCGCCACCGAAGAAAGAUAAUGAGGGACCUCUCCAUCCCAGUUGGGAGGCGAAGAAAAAGGCAAAAGAAAUGCAAAAGACGGCAACCUUCCAAGGCAAGAAAAUUUCGUUCGAUUGA